AUCUUAUACUUAACCUCGAGAAAAAUGAGAGGCUCGAGCGAUGUGAAGUAGAUAUACCGCAAAUGUGGUACACAAUUAUCGUAAAUGAGGAAUCCAUCCUCGGAGCAAUUUAGGAGUGAAUUCGAACCAGUUCAAGGGCAAAAAAGACAAUUUCACGGGGAACUAGUCCGUUCACAUUGGGAGCAUUUAAGGCUCUCGUUUAGCAUCCGUACUUCCAAUGCUCUUUGGAAUUCAUGCAUUCGCUAGAAUAAAUUACGCUUCGCAUGGUCGUUGGUGGUUGGUUUCCAUUGAUCCAAUCUGAUGGAUAGGUCCCAGGCCAAGUGAAUGGUGAGAGAGAAAGAGAGGGAAACCUAGAAGCCAGAGACUCGCUUUUGGAGCAAAAGAGUCUUUCCAGGGCCUGCUGCGCAUGGAAGAGAAGUCUUGCCUCGAUUUGUUUACCUGAUUACCGACGUUGAGGCCAGCGAUGGUGCGACUGGACAUGAGGCAUCGUGUCCAGUUGUUGACGGUGCAAGUCAAAUUCUACGACUUCCACAAUAAGCGCGUUUGUCCCGCUCAAGGGUCUUUGUGUCCGCAGUUGCCGGAUCCCUGUUCACCAGACAUAUCUAGAGCGAUCGUUGGCGAAGGGUCCCGAUAAAUUCGGUAGAAGAUGCGAUUUCGAACUUGAUGUUCAUUUCUACGAGGCGAUGAGGCAUAUGACACCUGAUUCGUGUGAAGACAAGCCCAGCAGGAGUGGAGUUUUAAAAUUUGGAGCAGUAAGAGUGGCGAUUUUUCUUUUAUGAGUUAGUUUGGGUAGAAUCGAAGGCCAAGGUAGAAGGGCCGGAGAUGAUGACAAGGGCAUAGUCCGGGAUUUUGUAUCAUCGGCAUGAAGAGGUCGGCGUCAUCCGCCGGGUUGACGGAUGGUGGUGAAUCAAAAUCCGCGAAGUUAAAUGGGGGAGAUGGAUCAGGGGGCUUAUCUCCGCCCCUUUCUCCAAUGUCGCCUGACGUCUCUCCCACGGCGUCAGAGGAGAAUCAGAGGGAGAAGGUCCAAGAGCAACUGAAAUCGACGGGCAAAAGCGGGAAGAAUCCCCAGAAGAAAGCGUCCGCUCAAAAGUUGGUUCUCAGUAGUCCUGUAGGUAGCGACGAUGAUGGCGAAGGGCGAGGGAGAGGUGGACGAGGAGAGGACAAGGAAGGCAAGGAGGAUGAUGAUGACGAGGAAGAGAAUUUGGAGAAUGUGGACCUUGGCAAGCACCAUGCUGUGGAUCCAGGGAGAAUGCAGGCUGUCCUGAAUAAAUUUACCACUGAACAGAUGAGUCGGUACGAGUGUUAUCGCCGUUCGGGAUUUCAACGAGCGAAUAUGAGAAGGAUAUUGGGAUUCGUUGCUGGCUCUCCAAUUUCUAUUCCGAUGACCAUCGUGAUGUCCGGAAUCUCUAAGAUGUUCGUAGGCGAGCUGGUGGAAGUUGGGAGGAUUGUGAUGACCGAGAGGGGUGAUGUGGGUCCAAUCAGACCAUGCCAUAUACGAGAGGCAUAUCGAAGACUGAAACUGGAGGGUAAGGUACCUCAAAAGGGGAGAACACCUCUGUUUAGAUAGUGUACUAUACUAACAUCAUCAUGACCAUUCACUCUCUUACAACAAGGGUAAAGCUCCAUCGGCAUGUUGCCACCAUAUGAUCUCAUUUUAUGAAGAAAGUUUGAAAGCUUGGAGCUAUAGGCCUUAGCGUUCAUCCAGGUGCAAUUGCUAUCGACACCUAUUCUGAGCACGCAGCUUCUAUAGGCCUUGAAGAUGGAAAUCGUAGACGUUAUAUCCUCGGAGCGCUCACCUCGGGCUCUGUCAGUUAACUUUUUAAGGAUUUCAUCUUUGCAAUUCACACACACAACACAAUUGAGUGCGAAUUGUCAUUUUUGCAGUGUAUCGGUUGUAUGUGGAUUAUGUUUUCGAACCAAUUUCUACUUCGGACGUUAUGCACAUAUACGACACAUCACUCUUUGUACUCUUCUUUCCAUCCUGUUUCUUCUGGAGCUUUUU